AUAAAUUCGACCGGAUGUUGAUUACUGCUGCCAUUGUGAAGUUCCACGCGCGUAAGUUAGGAAGUAACAAAAUUGACCAUUAGCGAAUUAACUAAAUACCCAUACGGCUGUCCGGAGCUAGAUAUAGUGCCACUGAUAAAAUAAACUCUGUCAACAUUUACGAGCUGUUUGAAUUUGUGCGAAUUACCAAGAGGAAUCGUUUUGUGGAACACGUGGGUUUCACUUCUCAGUUAAUUUGUUAUUUAUGAUAAGAUAGUCGGAUUUUUUAAUAUAUAUUGAAGAAAACACUAAGAAAAUGGGUGAAGAUUUUAAGGUUGUGAAUGCUGACGGUGAUAGUGAUUCUGGAAGAAUAAAGUUGAAGAAGGAAAUAGGACUUCACAAUGCUGUGGCUAUCAUAGUGGGGGUUAUUGUGGGGAGUGGAAUUUUCAUUAGCCCUAAAGGAGUUCUUAUGGAAGCGGGCUCUGUGGGACUGUCACUUUCAGUAUGGGGAAUGUGCGGAAUUAUUUCACUUGUAGGGGCUUUAUGCUAUGCUGAACUGGGAACAUGUAUUCUGAAAUCAGGGGCAGAUUAUGCGUACAUUGGAGAAGCAUUUGGACAUUUACCUGCAUUUUUGUACUUAUGGGUUGCUUUAGUUAUUAUUAUGCCAACAGGGAAUGCAAUUACAGCUUUGACAUUUGCUAAAUAUGUGCUACAGCCAAUAUUUCCAGACUGUGAGGUUCCAUCAAGUGCAGCAAGUUUACUGGCGGCCUUAUGCAUUACUAUACUGACAUUUGUUAACUGUUACAAUGUGAAGUGGGCAACUCGAGUUCAAGAUGUUUUCACUGUGGCCAAAAUCAUCGCCUUGGUAAUGAUUAUCAUCACAGGGAUUGUGAAAUUUGUAACAAAUGAUCAAGUUGAAAGUUUUGAGGAGCCUUGGGAAGGUACAACAACAAAUCUUGGCAGCAUUGCUUUCUCGUUCUACUCCGGUCUCUUUUCAUAUGCAGGAUGGAACUACCUCAAUUUUGUGACGGAGGAACUUAAAGAUCCAUACAGAAAUUUACCUCGAGCAAUCUGGAUAUCCAUUCCAUUAGUGACAAUCAUUUAUGUGCUGGCAAACAUUGCAUACUUUACUGUCCUUACACCACAUGAAAUGCUGAUGUCAGAUGCUGUAGCUGUUACAUUUGCAGAUCGUACAUACGGUGUUAUGAAAUGGAUCAUGCCAGUUUUUGUAGCUUGUUCAACAUUCGGUGGUGUAAAUGGGGCCAUUUUUACAUCAGCUAGGUUGUAUUUUGUGGGAGCACGGCAGGGACAUUUACCAGGUUUCCUAGCAACCAUCAGUACAAACAGAUUCACACCUAUGCCUUCUUUAAUAUUUGGAUGUGUUCUGUCAUUGAUUAUGUUGAGCUCAGAUGACAUAUUUGCCUUAAUCAACUAUGCAAGUUUUGUUGAAUCUUCAUUUAUCGGCCUCAGUAUAGCCGGGAUGUUAUAUUUACGAUACAGUCGACCCGAUAUGGAAAGACCCAUUAAAGUAUUUAUUGGUUUUCCGAUAUUUUUUAUGGUGAUUUGUCUAUUUUUAAUGAUUACACCAUUAACAAACAGUCCGAUGGAAUGUUUUAUGGGUAUAAUAAUGGUAUGUACUGGUAUACCGGUGUAUAUUAUUGGUGUCAAGUGGAAGUCCAAGCCACAGUUCUUCACAGAUUUGUUAGACAAGUUUUCAAUUAUUACACAGAAGACAUGUAUGAGUGUAAUGGAGGAAAUGAAGGAAGAUUAGACGAUGCAGCACAGACCGGCUGUUCCCAUGUUAAUAUAAGUAUUACUGCUAUAUGUUUGUUGACAGCUGGGCCGAGACAUUUUAGUAGUAAUUAGUGGUACUGUCC